AUAUAAUAUUUUUCAGAAGGCAAUAGGUCACAAGUAGAUUAGCUACCUAUAUUAUUAUAAUACUUACCCACAAUCAUAAAUGUGUACACAUUCGCAACGUACCAAAUCGAAUCAACGUAACUAGUACUUAUCAUCAGUCACUCGAUAUCUUAUUAAUCUUUUUUUUUUUUUACAUCGCAUCAAAAUGACAAUUUUGGUUAUUCUUUCGUUCGUAGUAUUCGCAAUUUUCCUAUCGUUUGUGUUUUUCAUGCUGGCAUUCUAUCAUUGGAGAUGGCCUUCGCACAGAAAACUAUGCCGAAAAUUGCCGGCUCCAAAAAUGUUGAGUAUAUUCGGCAUAGGACUCGAUCUGAUCGCCCUGAAGCAUACAGAAUUAUUGAGUUAUAUUGGAAAUUUAUACAAGCAGCAUGGACCUCUCGUUUACAUCGAGUAUGUAGGAGUUUCCAACGUAUGGGUGAAUGAACCGAGAUAUAUUGAAUUGAUCCUUAAUAAUAGUCAACAUAUUAGCAAAGGAAUGGAAUACCUUGCUUUAUUACCGUGGCUUUGCGAAGGUCUAUUAACCAGCACAGGGAGAAAAUGGCACAUGAGAAGGAAAAUGUUGACUCCGACGUUUCAUUUCAAAAUCUUGGACAAUUUUAUUCCUAUUUUCAACCGCAAUGCUCAACUAAUGACGGAAAAAUUAGCUUCUACAAAAGGUUCGCCGGUUGAUGUAGACUCCUAUGUAUCUCUUUGCACAUUGGAUGUUAUUUGUGAAACUGCGAUGGGUACUAGGAUAGGCUUUCAAAUGGGCGAAGCUUCAGACUACGUUGCUGCCAUAAAAAAAGCUGGUGAAAUAGUUCUCAGAAAAAGUCUAACUUUUUGGAUGAUCAAUGAUUUCUUCUUCUAUAUGAGUCCAGUGGGAAGAGAAUAUCGCAGAACAGUAAAAUUGCUGCACGAUUUUACAGAAAAAGUAAUCAAAGAGCGAAAACUGACGUAUCAACCAAACACACUCCAAGAAGAAACAGAAUUUGGUACUCUAAAACAAAGGAAAUCAUUUUUGGAUUGCUUAAUCGAUAUGCAACGUGAAAAUCCUGACGAGAUGAGCGAUCUUGGAAUAAGAGAAGAAGUAGACACGUUUAUGUUCGAAGGUCAAGACACUACAUCUGUUGCAAUAACAUGGGCUUUAUUCAUGAUCGCUUGUCAUGAAGACGUACAGGAAAAAUUGCACGAAGAAAUUCAGCAAGUUUUUGGCGACAGUGAUAGAGAAGCAACGUAUCAAGAUGUGCAACAAUUAACCUAUUUGGAAAUGGUCAUCAAGGAAAGCCUGCGACUUUACCCUAGUGUUCCUUAUUUUUCACGAUUACUCACUACAGAUUUGAAAAUAGACGAUUACGUAAUACCUCGUACUACCAAUGUAGCAGUUGUGCCUUAUUUAGUGCACAGGAAUCCGGAAAUAUAUCCUGAUCCGGAAAAAUUCAUACCGGAAAGGUUCCUUCCUCAUUUAAGCAAGCAGAGACAUCCAUAUGCAUAUAUUCCUUUUAGUGCUGGAUUUAGAAACUGUAUUGGUCAAAAGUUCGCAAAUUUGGAAGAAAAAGUGGUAAUCUCGACUGUAUUACGAAAGUUCAAAUUAAGUACAGAUAUGAGAAAAGAAGAAGUGGAAGUUCUACCGCAUUUAAUUUUGAGACCUCAUCCAAAAAUCAAGAUAACCUUUACUGCGCAUUGAUGACAAAUCAAAAGCUGAUAUAUUUUUUUAGUCGAAAUGGUUGCAAUUAGUCAAUUUUGAUUUUGAGACACGCUGACGAGAUUAAUUUUUCAUAUCUGCUCUCCACAGGGAUUUGAAAUUUGAAUGAAAGGUACCCAGCUCCUGAGUCACAUCCUGUGAUACUUACUAUCAAAAUUUAAGCCACUAGUUUCAAGUUAGGGGCCUGCAAUAAAAUGCAUAAGCUGAAAUUUUGAAACAAUGAAUUGCAGAAAAAAUAAUUAAACUGCUCGAUUACACAAGUCAAAAUAAUUAUUCUGCCCAUCAUUAAAAUUGAAAGAGCUAAAAAUGAUUUUAUUUUCAACAGCAUGGUAAUGCCAGAAUUCACAUUUUUUUCAAAUUUAAUGCAGGUAGGUAGGUAUGUAGGUAGGUACCUAAUACAAUAUUUUAUGUAUUAUGUAUUAUGAUUUGGAAAUUGUUCGUUCAUCAGGUGAAUAUUGAAUUUUUGAUAAAAUUCUAGAUUUACCAUAAGUUUAAAAAUUAAACCAUUUCUAGCUGUUAGCUCCUUCAAUUUUUAUGAUAGGCCAAAAAUUGACAUCUCAUUUUUUAGUGUUUUUUAAUUUGUACUGAAUGUCUCAAUAAAACUGGCAGUUUAAAUUUUAGUGGUGUACGGUAUACGUACUUCAUCUGAACCACACUUCAUUAACAUCUCUGUAACAGUUCAUGAGCUUCUCAUAAUUAGACCUACUAUCUCAUUACAAUCGUGUUGAUCAUCUAAUAAUUAUACUUAGUUCGGAUACUUCGCUAUACACUUAGUAUUUCUUGUCAAAGCUGACAAAUUUGUUAAAAAUGGGGUGAAGUUUGUUUUUAUCAGUUACCUACCUAUACACUGUAAUUAUUAUAAAACUGUAAAUUUUUUUUUGAACAUACUCUUAGCUAUUCUCAACUUGCAUUUACCUGAAAUACCAUUUUUGUGUUUUUUAAUUUUUUAAAUAUACCAUGACCUUAUCUUAAA